AUGGACUCUACAGCGGAGAAAGUCGACGUUAUUGUCGUUGGCGCUGGCUGGAAUGGUCUAAUUUCUGCGAAAACCUACCUCGACUUCGCGCCGACGACCAAUCUUGUUAUCAUCGAUGAGCAGAGCUCGUUCGGUGGUGUAUGGGCAACCGAUAAGCUUUACCCGGGUCUCUACGCACAAAUCAAACAUGGAUUGUUCGAAUAUUCCUUCUAUCCCAUGAAACAUGAAGGCAUCACCGACGAUGGAUACGUUUCUGGCGAAACAAUUCACAACUACUUGACCGAUUUCGCCCAGGACUAUGACCUUGUCCGCCGAACUCGUCUGCGAACUAGGGUGACUCGUGUUAUUCGACUGUCGUCUGGCGGAUGGCGUCUAGAGAUUGAAGACAAAGCUCCCAUCGAGUGCGAGAAGCUCAUUUACGCCUCGGGAGCAACUUCACACCCUGUCAUACCUGCUUGGCCGAGAAACAACUUUACCUCUACCGUAAUCCAUUCCUCCGAAAUGGGUGUGCAUCUUGAGGCGCUUGGAAAAAUCAAUACCGCCACUGUCAUCGGAGGAGCAAAGUCAGCCUACGACACAGUCUUUUUCCUGCUGAAUGCUGGCAAAAAAGUUAACUGGAUUAUCCGAGAAGAUGGAUCAGGACCUUUGGCCAUCAUGCCUCCAACUCUCCUCGGCCUUAGAAACACCAUGGACGUGGUUACCACUAGAUUCAUGGCAUUGAUGGGCAUGACUAUUAUGAGCACCGACGGUGCUGGUCACCAAUUUUUCCAAAGGACUCUUCUGGGACGGGGAUUUGUCUACAUCUUCUGGCUAAUCGUCAACUGGAUUGCUGAUCGACACGCCGGUUACUCCAAGUCCGAAAAUGCCAGGAAACUUAGGCCCGGCCCCGAAGGAAACGGAAUCUUCUGGGCGAACGCAGGUCUCGGCGCAGCCAGUGUUCCACUCUUCUGGAAGACUUUCCACCGUGGCGACUGCACCGUUCACAGGACAGAUAUCGCGUCACUUGAUAACGGCAACGUUGUCAACCUGAAAAACGGCGAGAGCUUCCAGACGGAUUACAUUGUUAUGUGCACUGGGUUCGACAAGUCAUUCCAGGUUUUCAGCGAAGAGCUGCAACAAGAGCUUGGAUUCCUGCCCAACCCCGAAGAAGAUGAGAAGUGGGCCAAGCUUGGUGAAGAGGCUGAAAAGACGGUUGAUGAGCUUCUACCUUACCUCAAGAAGAGCCCCUUUGGCGAGAAGAAUCGACACUAUCGCCGCCUUAUUGUUCCUAAGCUCGCUGCUCAAGGAGAUCGUUCAGUCACAUUCCCUGGAUUCAUCCACUCCAUUUUCACUCCCACAGUAUCUGAGACACAAGCCCUCUGGGGCACCGCCUUCCUACUCGGCCUUCACGAUGUCCCAUCUCAGGAAGAAAUGGAACAAGAAGUUGCUGAAUGGAACACCUGGACCGGAAAGCGAUAUGUUGCUCAGGGCCGAAAACACGCCUAUGCUAUCUACGACUUCCUCCCAUACAUUGACACUCUCCUCGGCGAUCUUGGCGUCAAAACUUACCGCAAGAAGGGUUUCUUCUCAGGACUAUUCGCACCCGCAUACCCGAGCGAGUACAAGGGCAUGCAGCAAGAAUACCUUCAGUCAUUGGGCCAAAGGGCAACCCCCGAUUAUACUGCUUCUGGUUCUAUGACCCCUGUCUCCGCCGGGUCUGAGACACCCAGUGUUGGCCCUGAUGGGCUUAGCAUUGUGAAGCAAGAAAACGGCCACACCAACUCGGUUAAGCCUCUUGGAUUUAACUGA